UACGAACUGAGUGUGCAUCGAACACGACCACCGUGUCCAGGUAUUCACCGUCGAACGCGUUGUAUCGUUGUGGAUAAUUCGGCAUUGGGUAAAGAGGCGAACACGAGUGGUAAACUAGCGUAUUGCAUUCAUGUUUAUAAGCAAGGAGGACGAAAGAAACACAUGCCACAUGCGACACUUGGUGACAAGGUAAGAAUAUUGCAAUUAUUCAUCGAUUUAAUCAUUUCUAGAAUAUUAUCACAAAUAUCGCCUCGGUUACCACUCGGUUUCAAUGAAGGCUGUGCCUGA